GAGUAGCAGCUUACUCCUACUUCAAGCAGCUCUCAAACACAUUUUUUCCCCUUCAUCAUGGCUCUUAUCUUGCGCAGCUGUGUUCUAGUUAUUCUGUUCUUUGUCCUCCCAUUCAAGGCGACCUCUGACCACCACCACCACCAUCACCAUGGCCUUAAAUCUCUUCAUUUUGCUCUCUUUCAGCAUGAAACAGUAAACAAAACUGGGUAUAUUAUAACUAAAGGUGUGGCAGGGGCAGGACUUAGUGAAACCGCCCUACCUUUUGGCACCUUAUUUGUUUUCCAAGAUCCCAUGACUCUUACCCCCAAUCGUUCUUCCAAAGCUGUAGGGAUCGCGGAGGGAACAUCAAUCACGUCUAGUUUUGACGGGCUCCAGAGCAUUUCAGUUGCUAAAAUCACUUUGCGUUUGAAACGCCAUACAGGGUCUAUUUCCAUUGUUGGGGGCACUCACAAUGUCAAGCCUUCUGAUCAUCCAGUUGUGGGGGGCACUGGGGACUUCAUGUUUGUGCAAGGCUAUGUAAGAUCGUCUCCUGUGGAUCUCAAGAGCCUAACUGUCGUGUACAAGAUCGAGUUUCACCUGUACUGGCCUCCAUUUGCUGCUCAAUUUCCUCUUGAUGAAGGGGCUCACGAGUCAGGAUUAUAACUUAGUUUCUCUUACUAGAAGAGUUCAUCAACAUAUGUAUGCAUAUCAUAAAUUCACGGAAUAAGAGAGCCAAAAGCUAUUGAUAUCAAUAUCUCAAAUUAGCAUAGCUUGUCCAUAAAGCAGGUCUUUGUUCAACAUUGCUAUAAAUACCACUCAAUUUG